UGUUGAUGCCUUCAAUUCCCAUCGCUGCGCCUCGAUUGGGGUCGACAAGAAAGGAUUGGGUGAGCCGCAACCGCGUCGGUCCUGCUCGAUCUGGGAAUGCCGAAACCCGCUCCGCUCCCGAUUCCCACCUUCGCCUGGGGAAGGGCAAUGUCGGUAGAGAUGAACAGCGCCUCGUUGCCGGCCGCGCCGGAGACGCCGGGAUUCUUGUUCUCCGAUUGUUUUCGAGCAUUGGCAGCUAAUGGGGAGGGACUCGAAACCCAAGGAAUCAGGUGGGAAGGGGAAGGGAAAGCAAGCAGCUUCCUCCGCAAUUGAUGAUAAUGCCUCCAAGGGUAAAGGGAAGGGUGGCAAGUCAAGUGAUGGGCUUGGUACCUGCACUUAUGUUAAAGCAAGGCACAUAUUAUGUGAAAAACAAGGCAACAUUAAUGAAGCAUACAAGAAGCUCCAAGAUGGCUGGCUAAGCAAUGGAGACAAGGUUCCCCCUGCUGAAUUUGCAAAGGUGGCAGCAGAAUAUUCCGAGUGUCCAUCAGGAAAGGAAGGUGGAGACCUUGGAUGGUUUCCGAGGGGAGAAAUGGCUGGUCCUUUUCAGGAUGUCGCAUUUAGUACAUCUAUUGGAGCUACUAGCGCGCCAUUUAAAUCAACGCAUGGUUACCACAUCAUUCUUUGUGAAGGGAGGAAAAAUUAAUAGUUUUGGUGUAGAACAGCUGCUUCAGAUGGGAGGAACUGGUAUCAUCUGUUAAUCAACUCUGGAGGAUUUAGAUGAAGCAAGACUGCUACUGCAUGGAGUUUGGAGAUACGUAAACUAUGCAGAAGAGUCUCCGAGUAAACCCUAGUUUGGUCUGUUAUGUGAAACUGCUUUGAGGAAGAAAUUUGCUGGUUGUUCCAUGGUUAAGAAAGAAUGCUUUGGUGAUGAACUCGAAGCACUUGGAAGAGGAGAGGAGCAGGUACAGUCUCAUCACUUGUGACAUUCAAGUGUUGGUUGAACCGACUGUUGAAUUCUACUAAAAACAUUCAUAUUUUGUCA